AUGAGGGGCGCCUCUCCAUGCCCAGCCGCUUCCCGGUCCCCUGCCAAGGUUCCUGACAGGGACGGAACGCGGGAACCCAUGACCGACCCCCAGUCGUCUAGUUCUCAGCCCUCCCGAUUUUCCUCCCUGAGGCUCCCGCCUGUGCGCGCUCCCCUCUCCCGCCCGUCCGCCCGCGCGCCCGCGCGCCGCGCCCUGUUCUCAGUGCGCGCCCGCCACCCGGAGCGGCCGUGGCGUCCACUCUCCCAGGCCUUCGGCCCGCGUCCACCGCGCUCCACGCUGCGGCCGGCGGCGGACCCGCGGGCCCGCCCCUCGGGGAGGAGCAAAGCGUUGGCUGAAGAGCUGGCCAAUGGAAGGCGCGGGCGGCAGCACAACGUGGAGUGGCUGCAGAAUGUAAACACCACUCAGCCGCGCGCCGGGCCAAGUGCAGCUCUGCUCUUCCCAGUCCCGGUCCGCGACCACCCGGAGCCCGCUCCGCCGGCCCUGCGCUGCGCGCCCAGGGAAGGCAUUUCCAGCCCGCCCACCCAGGGGUCCCUUCGCUGCCUCUAUGAAUGCCCCCACAACUGGCGCACCGCAAAACUGCACAUCGUCAAGUCAGACGUGCGGCGGGUAUUCCGCAAACAGGUUUUGCGGCGGGAGCAGCGAGGCGGGGAACAGCUCCGGGAACAAAGAUCCCCCGGGUGGAGGAGCAGUGCGAAGGCGUCUCGGAACCCGCGGCAGCUCGGGCGGGCCGCGUCUGCCCCGGCCCUGAGCGAGCGGGAGUGCGAGCGGGCCGCGCCGGGGAGACGGAGCCGCGCGGGCGGGAGCCCUUCCCGAGAUGCACCGGGAGGCGGCGCCCGGCCUUUUGUGCUGCACCGCUCGAGCGCGCUUGAGGCCCGGGAAAUAGCUGCCGCCGGACGGCCGCUUUGGGGCGAGCGAAGUCCUUUUUCACACUUUUUCGAUUCUUCGUCUCGUGACGCCGGCAAAAUAAUUGUUUCUCACCCGAAUUUACUUGUAGGAGCUUUGCCCAAGGUGACAGCAUCAGGAGAAACCCAUGCCUUGUCAGUCCCAAGAAACUUUCUGCCAUUUCUAACGCUUAGGAUGGCUCUCGGCGGGGCAGAAGUUGCCUCCCUUUUGCAGUCACUCAAAACGCAGUUAGCGGUAUAGCUAGCUUAAAUGUCUAACAGCAUGAUGUCAAGAAAAGGGGUCAGGGGUCUCCCAACAAGGGUCACCUGAUCGUAAGCAGAACUGGUGGCCCUCGUGGUUGAAUUUGAUAAAAUAUACUGAAAACCAGUAUGUCGAGUAAUGUUUGUGGGAAUCAUCUUUGAAUGAUGAAUGUAUGCUCAGUACUGAGUUAACUAGUAAAUUGAUUUUAAAAGACACUGCUCUUAUAAAUGUCCUUUGCCAUACCCUUGACUAUUAUAUGAACAGUAUGCAAUCAUAGUAAAGGGGAAAUUAGAAAAUUCCAAGACAUCUUUGUGUGGAAAGGAAUAGAGUGAAUUUUCCCAUAUUACAGAUACCUGGUGAGUAGACAAGUGGGUCUGUUAAAAAAAGAGAAAAUAAAGGGUAAGGGGGCGGGUAUGUUUGUUUUUAGCGUGCUCUUUUCCUACUUAUCCGGUUUAAAAUUCACCUAAAGUAUAUUUCCCCCAUUGUACAUGUAAAGUUAAAACACCAUGGUAAAUAAACUGUUGGCCUCUACCAUGCUUCUUUGGGGUAACUAUUUUGAUUGCUCCGACAUUCAUUUU